GUUUAAAAUGUCAAAGCUCGAAUUUCUCAAGCAAUAUAAAAAAGAUGUAGAAACUAUAAGAAAAAGUGCCAAAAAUUUAGGUUUAAGUGAUUCAGAAGUCAACAAAAUAUUCAAUGACUGCAUUAAUAACAUAACUGAAAAGAAAUGCUCAAAAAACAAAGCUCAAAAAUGUAACUUUACAAUAAAAUUAUUUUUAUUAUUUUUAUGUUUUUGUAUAUCAAUUUACAUUUUACUGAAUGUGCAUCAAACUACUUCAAGUAUUGUAUUAAGAAAUGUGCAAGGAUUGAUUUAUCCUGGCAUGAAAAUGGUUCGAUAUUUGUCUGUGCCAAUCAUAAAACUGUUCCCAUCAUUAACAGAUUUGUAUGAUGAAAGUUGUUUAGUGGAAAAUCCAUAUUUCUAUGUAACUGACAUGGAAUGUUGGCCCUGUGAAGAUGUUUAUUCUGUUAUUGAUUUAACUGGACUUAAAGAAAAAGUUUCCUUUCAAUCUGGUGCACCUUUCAUUACAAAGACAAAUCAAUCAGUCUCUUUUUCAAAACUAACUGACCACAUAAAACAUAACAAAGCAAUAUUGGAAACAGACUUUAGAAGGUUUACAUCAUCUAACAACAGUAUUACCACAAUGCAUCAACUGAUUAAAUUAAAAGAACAUGAAAUAAAAUUGUCAAAUUUACAUGCAACCUGGAGAAUAAACAAAAUGGAUCCAGCCAGAAUAAUGCGACAGAUUUUUCCACGACCUGACUUCAUAUCUGAAUGGUCUGGUCAAAGUGUGGAAAGAUUUAUAAUUGUAGAUGGGGCCAAAGCACAUCCUUAUGAGUUGCCCAAUACUGAAUGCAGCUAUAUUUUUGUUAUUCAAGCAUCUGGUGAAAGAACCAUAGUCUUAAAACCAUCUAGAGAGUGCAAUAAGGAAUGUAGAACAGUGUCCAUAUUGCUCAAACAAUCUUAUGUUUUGUGGUAUAACUGGUGGUAUUGGAGGCCUAUUAGUCUUCCAACUGAAAACUCUACAGAGACUUCCAUUACAUAUAUUAAUUCAUCUUGUUAAAUCUACUUCUUCCACUGCCAGAACAAAAUUGAAACAAUUUUUACACAAUAAAUAUAUAUUUACACUCUA